CGUUUCUUUUUGUGUUCAAAAUAGUGUUUGUUGUAUCGUAAUGGACGAUUAAGUUGCUUUAUUUCGUUCCUAGUGUUGUUUGCUGAAAAGGGACAAGAAGAGUGCCCUGUUUGGUUCUUGAGAGAUAUCUAAGAAGUUUGGUGUUUUCUACCUUCUUGGUUUGGGAUGCCUCUUCCAAAGAGUUGGAAGUAUGAAGUUGUUUUCAGCCUGUGGUUCUUCUGCUUUUUGCUACUGGUUGCUGCGCAGGAUUUUAUCACUGACCCCAUUGAAGUUGACGCAUUGAAAAGUAUCAAGCAAAGUUUGGUUGAUCGUAAUGGAAAUCUGGGAAACUGGAAUCGUGGAGAUCCAUGUAGAUCUAACUGGAGAGGGGUUGUCUGCUAUAAUAAGACAGCUAAUGGUUAUCUCCACGUUAGAGAAUUGCAACUACUGAAUAUGAAUUUAACUGGAACUUUGGCACCAGAGACUGGCCAAUUGGCUUAUCUGAAAAUAUUGAGCUUUAUGUGGAACAACAUAAGUGGGAGCAUCCCGAAGGAAAUUGGCAAUAUCAAGACUUUGAGGCUCUUACUCUUGAAUGGAAACCAAAUAACAGGUCCUCUGCCCGAAGAGCUUGGUUAUUUUCCAGACUUAGACAGAAUACAAAUUGAUCAGAACAAAAUAUCAGGACCUUUACCUGCAUCAUUUGCAAACCUGAACAAGACGAAGCACUUUCAUAUGAACAACAAUUCAAUCAGUGGACAAAUCCCACCAGAGCUCUCCCGCUUGCCAUAUCUUGUUCACCUUCUUCUUGACAAUAACAAUUUAUCAGGAUAUCUUCCUCCUGAGCUCUCCAAGUUGCCCAACAUAACUAUAAUGUAUGGAUUCUUCUUCUUUAUGGAAUGUGUGGGUAGUAGAUACACAGCUUCUGAUGCAGCAAUCUAUCAACUUGAUAACAAUAACUUCAGUGGGAAAACCAUUCCAGAGUCUUAUGCCAACAUGUCAAAAUUGUUGAAAUUGAGCCUUAGGAAUUGCAGCUUGCAAGGAUCCGUUCCUGAUUUAAGUAGUAUACCGCAACUUGGUUAUCUUGACCUAAGUUCCAAUGAGUUGACUGGAUCGAUUCCUCCCAAUAAGCUUUCUGACAAUAUUACAACAAUCGAUUUAUCAAACAACAAGCUUGCUGGAGCCAUUCCACCCUAUUUUUCUCGUCUUCCUCUUCUUCAGAGAUUGUCAAUUGCAAACAAUUCUUUGAAUGGAAGUAUUCCUUCUUCCAUUUGGCAGAGCAAGACUUUAAAUGCAACGGAGAGUUUUGUCAUGGAAUUUCAACAUAAUAGUUUUACAAGCAUAUCAGGCAGUACUAGCCUUCCUCGAAACGUCUCACUCUGGCUUGAGGGAAAUCCUCUAUGUUCAAAUGAGAGCCUAGCUCAGUUCUGUGGGUUAGAAGCCAAUAACACUGAUACCAUGGUUUCACCAUACUUCAAUGGUAGCUGUUUUAGUCAAGCAUGUCCCCCUCCUUUUGAAUAUUCUCCAUCAUCUCCAGUGAAGUGUUUCUGUGCAGCCCCUUUGAUUGUUGAUUAUCGGCUGAAAAGUCCGGGAAUUUCGGCUUUUCCUUCUUAUAUAGAUCUAUUUGAGAACUAUCUGACAAAUGGACUUAACUUGUUCAUCUAUCAACUAUACAUUGAUACGUAUUUUUGGGAAGAAGGGCCACGACUGAGAAUGCUCUUGAAGCUCUAUCCUGUCUAUGAUGCUCAGAACCAAAGCUCACAUAUUUUCAACAGAAGCGAGGUUCUAAGGCUAAGAGGCAUGUUCACAGCAUGGUCAGUUCCUGACAACGAUAUAUUUGGGCCUUAUGAACUACUCGGCUUCCAUCUCCUGGAUCCUUAUAAGGAUUUGAUAGAGACCUCCAAAAAAAGUUCAGGGAUAAGCAAGGGUGCACUGGUUGGCAUUAUAAUAGGGACAGUUGCCUGUGCUGUUAUAUUAUCUGGAAUUGUCAGUCUUGUUAUAUUCGGAGUGCUCACGAGACGCCAGCAUUCAAUAUCAAAACGACAUCAAACUUCAAAGAUUUCCAUAAAAAUCGAUGGUGUGAGGGCCUUUACAUACGAAGAAAUGGCACAGGCUACAGAAAAUUUUAGCGACACAGCACAAGUUGGCCAAGGGGGUUAUGGGAAGGUUUAUAAAGGGAUUCUUGUUGAUGGCACUGUGGUUGCCAUAAAGCGGGCACAGGAAGGAUCCCUGCAAGGUGAGAGGGAGUUCCUGACAGAAAUACAAUUAUUAUCCAGGUUACAUCAUCGUAACCUUGUGUCCUUGGUUGGAUACUGUGAUGAAGAAGGUGAACAGAUGCUGGUUUAUGAGUUUAUGUCAAAUGGCACACUUAGAGAUCACCUUUCUGCUCAUUCAAAAGAAGCUCUGAGUUUUGCUAUGAGAAUGAGGAUUGCACUAGGGUCAGCUAAAGGUAUUCUGUAUCUACAUACAGAAGCGGACCCACCAAUAUUCCACCGUGAUGUCAAGGCUAGCAACAUAUUAUUGGAUUCAAGGUUCACAGCAAAAGUUGCUGACUUUGGACUAUCACGGCUUGCCCCUGUUCCAGACAUUGAAGGAGUUGUGCCAGCUCAUGUAUCCACAGUGGUAAAGGGGACCCCGGGUUACCUUGAUCCAGAGUACUUCUUAACUCGUAAGUUGACUGACAAGAGUGAUGUUUACAGCCUUGGUGUUGUAUUUCUAGAAAUACUGACUGGGAUGCAACCAAUAUCGCAUGGCAAAAAUAUUGUUAGAGAGGUUAAUAUGGCAUACCAAUCUGGCGCGGUAUUCUCUGUUAUUGAUGGACGCAUGGGGUCUUACUCUUCAGAGUGCAUUGAGAAAUUCUUGGCUCUAUCCUUAAAGUGUUGCCAAGAUGAGCCAGAUGCACGGCCUAGAAUGGCAGAAGUGGUUCGAGAACUCGAAAACAUAUGGUCUAUGAUGCCUGAGUCUGAUACCAAAAGAGCUGAAUCUGUAACACCGAGUAGUGAUUCUGGAAAAUUGGUCAGUUCAUCUUCAUCUUCUGCUAUAAAGACUCCCUAUGUAUCUGGAGAUGUCUCAGGUAGUGACCUUAUCAGUGGGGUGGUACCUACCAUAGCGCCAAGAUAGAAACUUUGAUGAAACUAGCAGCAGCAGUUUUUUUUUUUUUGCGUGAAAUUGUACUGGCAGUUAGUAGCAUUGUAUGUAAUCUUAGAAUUUUGUAAUCUUGUAGGUUCCACAUAGAAGUUGUUAUUUUUAGUUCUUUCUAUACACACUUUCUUUUUUUUUUGGGUUGAAUUUUGGCUUUUAGAAGUUUAGUCUAAUAAGCACUUGGGAAGUGAACUCUAUUUGAGUUGGCUAAAGUUGCAUCCUCUUAAUUUUUU